AGUUUGGCUUGCAACGUGUUGAGUGCAACAUAUACGCGAGUGUCCACAUUUGCUAGAAAUUUAGCCCAAACUGGCUGACUCGAAAAUAGGUCAACAGGAGAGUAGACUGUCUCACGGCCACGCCCCCACAGUGACGGCCCCCACCCCAGAGGAGGAGGUGGACACGAAGACGCCAUCAAUGUCGCAGACAGUAGCUAAUAAUAAUAUUAAUAAUAAUUCGCAGCGGCCUGUUCGCACCGAUGAUGGCGACAUCGUAAAUCAAAAGGCUGAGUCAGCCAUGUUUUGGUCGCCAAUGGCGCCGCCGGAAGUGCCGGGAAUGGCAGGGCGAUUUCCGGUGGGGCAAGGGAUCACCUACGAUGCCAGAUUUCCAAUGAAUCAACAAAAACAUCAAUCUACAAUUUACAAAAAUAGUGGCAAUAAUUUGACAGUGAAUGGUUUCCAUCAGCAAUGUUUCCAUUCAGGAGAGACAUCCGGAAAAUUUCCGAUGCAUCAGAAAGUAAGCGAAAAUCUACGUUUUCCCAUGAAUGUUUGGAAUGUAUCUAAAUUGAAGCAUGAAAAUCUCAAGGAAAAGAUUUUCCAAACUAAUAAUCCAAGCAUACCCACAGAGAUUAAAGAAGAAUUUGUUCCAAUAUAUCAAGUAUACGCACAGUCGGCACUGGGCUUUCCUCUGCAUCACGUAUACGCCCCGUUGUGCCGAACUUUUCCAGACUUGAAGCAAUUGCCGAGAAAGAAUUCGGGUGAUAGUGAUGCCUUACCACAAAUAAGCACCACAAUGACCAGACGGAACCAGGUGGUGGUGACCAGCUCACCCGUAGCGAUGAUGGCACCCCAGGAAUUUCCAAUAAUUAAAAAACAAUUUGUUACGAUCAGACGUUUUCCCAAUUAUCGGGCAAUGGCAAAUGCCAAUGAUUAUGAGGAUGAUGAUGAUGGACCAGGAGAUCCAUCUCCACAUACCAACUCAAAGCAAGCAACAACAAUGACGCAGACGAGCCUCGACAAAGUCACCAAAAUAGACAUAGAAGGUGGUGCCGAUGAUGUACAUAAGGCGUUUGAUAAUGAACUCGAGGCUGAUGGCGAUGAUGGCGCUGAGUGGCGGGUGGAUGUGGAGGUGGAGGUGGAGGCGGCAGCAGCAGCAGCAUUAAACUUGAACGCCACCAUAGAGGUGGCGCUGGUGGCAAGGGAAAUCGAGCAUCAACAGGCGGAAAAUUUUAAUGACGCCUUCGGUCCGAUUCCGAGUCCGAAUCCGAGUCCGAGUCAGAAUCAUCAGAAGCUACUACACGACCACAAAAACAGAACCAGUAGAAUUAGAGAUAAUCGAGAAAAACAAAAUGACGACGCCAUGAAUUUGGCCAAAAAUAAACACGAAAUAUGCGAGCAAAGCAAAUCAGAGAAGGCCGAAGAUCAUAAUGAGCUAAAUAUGACUAAAUCGGCGAGAGAUCAAGAGCACCAGAGCCAGUCAAUAUGCUUUACCAGGGAACAAACAAUAGAUGAUAUAGAUCGGUAUGGGAUUCGGAAAACCACCAACCACCGCCAGCUCUCAGACGCGCGCGAAUCGUCGCCAGAGCAAGACCGCGAGCCAAAUCCGUAUUCGAAUUCUUAUCCGUAUCCCAAUCCCAUAACCGUAACCCGGCCAAAUAUAGAAUUACUAAAGAGUUCUGUUCGCGCUUUUCUCAACAACAACGACGACAAAGAUAGCUCUCCGGCGGAUUGGGACUGGGAGCUGCUCGAUCUCUUAACGGAGGCGAUUGAAUUGUUGUGCCAAAAAGCGGAAACGGGUAACCUUUGGAGCGAGGCUGUCGAAGGAGCGGAGCGGAGUGACAUGACCGUCACCAAGGUCAGCGAGGAGCGGGACUCAGAAACGGUCGACGUUUAUCCCGAGCCACUCGAACAGCAGACUCCCGAAGUUGAUGACAAUAACAAUAGCCAGAUCGGAGAUCCCAAUCCCAGCAACGAUAUGAAGUACGAGCUGAGAGCCUCCACUGCCCCCACGACAGCAACAACACUGCCCAUUCGGAGUACCAGGCUACCGGACACACCCACCAGCAGGCUGAGCACUACGAGCACUUCAAGAGGACUACCCACAUCGACAUUACCCACCACCACUCCCCUGUUGGGCGAACUGAAACGCAGCUCCUCCAGUCGCGAUGAUAUCUCCAUUGAUCCUGACUCCGUGCUGCCGGAGCGGACGCGCCUGCGUCGUCAGAGACGUAUGCGAUCCCAAGAUUCGGUGGAGGAGAAGCCGGAGGAUGUGAUCGAGCGGAUAAACAAGCUCAAGGCACGCAUUUCCGGGGCCCUCAGCGAGGUCAAGAACGUCAUCAAGCAGUACAGCACGGAGAGCGAGGCAGAGGUAGCAGGGGAGAAGCCCCUGGAGGCGCUAUCGAAGCCAUCCUCCAGUGGUGCCGUAAAGGAGCCAUCAUCAGCUCCAGUUCCCUUUAGAUUUGUGAAGAAAGUACGUCGUCGGAGCUACUUUGAUGAGGCGGAAGAGGAAAAGGAGCAAGCUGGAGAGGAUCAGGGAAAAGUGGCCCUAGAAGAAAUCAAGGAAACCAAAAUCAAAAGGGAAGCUACACCAUUUCCCAAAGAAGAUACUACUUCUGAGAAAAAAGAAGCUGAAUUGGAUAAUCAGGACAUUAAAAAGGAGAAACUAGCAGAAAAGGAUCUUCAAGAUCAUCAAGAAACUAAAGUCCAAUCUGAGGAAGAACAAACAGUUUUGGAAAAUCAGGAGCCUAAAAUAAUUGAAGAAUCAGCAACAAAUGAAAAAGUUAUUGAAAAAGAUGCAACUGAAAGCAUUCAAGAGCCAAAACAGGAAGAACACAUUUCAGAACCAACACUUAAUGACAUCCAACUAAAUGAAUCUAAACCAGAAACCAUAUCAGAACCCAAAGAAUCAAUUAAAGUCAAUGGCGAAGUAGUUCAGAGUAAGCCUCCAGAGAAAAAUAAAACCCAAACCAAAAUAGAGUUCCUGGCCAAAGUGCAAAGUGAACUGAAAUCUAAACCCCCAAAGGAGAAGACAGAGAAGAAACCCAAUGAAGUUAAGAAAGAGGAGCAACCUGAAAAGUCGACUGUUGAUGUAACUGAUGAUUCAUCACAAGCUGGGGCACAGGCCACACCCAAGAUCAAGAAGAAAGUCAUUGUGAAGGUAAAGAAUUCGCGACGCGCCUCGAUUGCCGCUGUGGAACCGUCCAAGAUCAAGGUGGAACCGGCCGUGGAGCAGAGCGAUGCUCUCAUCGCACAAAGGAGGCCCUCCGAUUCCGAGGCGAUUGUCAAGCGCAAGAAGAAGCUGAAAUUAAUGGGCACCAUUGCAGAUGCAACAGCAGCAACAGCAACAGCAGCAACAGCAACAGCAACCGAAACGGCAGCAACAAUUUCAACAACUUCCGGCUAUCAGAGGGAGGAGACGACAGAGAAACAAGCAACGUCGCCAGAGGUCAAGACAGUGCCAGCCAAGUUGCCUAUUGCCAAAAGUGGCCAAGGAGAAGCGACAACAGCAACAGAGACAACAGCAUCAGCAGCAACAGAAGCAACACCAAUUGUAGCAACAGCAACUGAGAAAACAAUCGAUGGCGAUUCAGUAAAAAGUGGCAAUCAAGCGCCAUCUCCCGAUCGAAGCAGACGCGCCAGCCUGAAACUAGACGAGCUGGUGGGUGGAACACUGCCACUGGUGGUGCCAGCGGUUAAAACAGUCAUCCCAGUACCAGAACCACAAACUCAUUAUCCAGAGCCACCGUCACCGGCACAGGAACAGGCAUUGCCGACUAUCGACGAGUCCAAAGAACCCAUCAAUCAGUUGCAGUCGCACGUACAGGUGCAACAGGUGGCCAUCGGCGCUGACAUUGCUCCGCAAAUAGCAGCGACAUUGAGGCACGAAGAGUCAUCAGCGCAGCCAUCGGUAGAAGCUACAAAAGUCGCCGAACAAUCAGCACCCGCGGACAGUCUAGAUUCAGCCAUCACGAUGCCGGAGCUGAAAGUACUCGCCGGUCCGGUGCAGCCCGUUAAGAUCGAGACGGUGGAGCAGCCCCUGGAUGUGGCCAAAAGUGAUCAGCCACUGGUGGUGGGCAAAAAGAAAUCGGUGACAGCAACGCCUCAUCUUAAAAAGCUAGUGCGCAAAAAUUCCAUAGACAAGAAGGAUAAAGAUGUUGUGGAGCAGCAGAAACAGGAUUCCACCAAGCUCAGCAAUAUCCUGCGCGAUAAAAACAAAAUCAACGAGCUGUCCUCCAGGAUCAAUAAACUAACGCCACCAAAGAAGCAAGUAAAGCCCAAAGAAGAACCAAAAAAACCAGAGGAGGAGGAGGUUCCCAAGGCAGAGGAGGACACCCCACUUGACGUCCCAACGGAAACCGUACAGGAUCAAGAAGAGGAUCAAGUGGCAGAACCAGAACCGGAACCCGAGCCGGCGCCUGUGCCGAAAAAAGUGCGAAAAGUCAAAAAGAAGGUUAUCAUUAAGCGGCAGAAACGCCGUCUCUCCAUUGGCGACACAUUCUUCCUGCAGCCGGAACCCGAGGAGCCCACAAUCCCCGAGAUCGAGACCAUCGAACGGGCCAUAGCCUACGUCACCGAUGACGAGGAGGAGGCGGAGGCCCCAGCCGAGGAGAAAGCAGAGCCGGAACCCCGAAAAUCCUGCCUACACGUGAGGGAGUACAAGAUUGGGGACCUGGUCUUAUACGCAGAACGAUAUCGGAAGACUCAGGUGCGUUGGAAACGGGGACGAGUGCUCGAGAGGAUUACCAGCAUUUCCUACAAACUGGAGAUCGAGGGUAAGGAGGUUCCCGCCCAUGUCAGUUACAUCAAAAAGUAUACAGGACGCAAGGUGCGUUUCGGGGGCAAGGAGUACCUGGAGAUCGACUACGAACAGGUGGCCGAGGAGGAGCGCCGGGCGGCCAGCUACAGCAUAUGGAACAUGGUGUAGGAUCAAGUGUAAUCCCAAAGCCAAUUACAAAAAUACAUAUACCCUUAGUGGUGUCCAGUGUCCAGUCACAUUUUGAGUGGAAUUAAAAAAUUUGUUGCCAACGAACGAUUUUUUAAGGAUCUCAACAACGACAUUCAGUUUUAGUCUUUAGUGUCCUAGUGUCUAAUAUAAUACGUAUGUAUAUCCUAGUUAUCCUAGUGUUUAGUGUAAAUAUUCCAGCUGCGUUUCGUUUCGGUUUACAUUUUAAGUACUCUCUGGUAUGUGUGUAAUUUUAUUUUAAACAAAAAAAACAAGGCAAAAACAAGGCAAUUUAAUGUUAAAUAAAGCGUGAAAUAUUUCAGUUA